AUGGGUGAUGCUCCUCUUCCUCCGGGCUCCGGGAAAGAGUUCACCCAGAUUCAUCAGCCACACAUUAACUACAACAACCAUCAGCAGCAACAUGCGUUCGCAUCCCAGUACGACAUGACACAACAGCAGCAGCCUUUCGGUCGCGGCCUGUCUGGGCCAUACAAUAUGGGUGUUAUGAUGCAUGCUCUCCCUCAUCCCAGUUACCGCCCAGGUCAGCAGCAGCAACACCAGUAUGGUAGCCCACCAAACACCAACGGCAAUGCCCAGUCGAUGCCACAGGGUCAUGCCAACAAUGCUAUGAGUUCCAUGCCCGUUCCUCCUCCGCAGUAUUAUAUGCAGCAGCAACAUGGACUGCCGCCGCAGUAUUACCCCCAGCAGAUGCAGGGCUCGCAGCAGCAGCAGCAGCAGCGGGGUUCAAUGUCACCCAGAGCCAAUAUGGCGCUCUAUCAGCAGCCACACACACAAGGACAGCAAUACUACUAUCCACAGGGGGCCCAAUUCCCAACCCAUGGACCAAUUCCGCAGAACCCGAUGCUUGCAGGUCCGUACCCACUGGCGAGUCCUAUGCAACAUGCCGAUCAUCGCGUUGCGCAACGGCAAGUGGGUGAUCAGAGAGACGGGGACAACACGGAACAGUCGCAGCCCCGAGCCGAUGGGGCUAGGUUCGAAUCGCAAUCCAAUGUCGUCCGUGGUCCGCCUCGAAAGCCAAGACAAAGUGGACACGCUAUCUGGAUUGGCAACUUACCGCCGCAGACCGAUUUGAUGAGCCUGGUUUAUCACGUGUGCAAGGAGGCGCCUGGACUGGAGUCUCUGUUUCUUAUAUCCAAGAGCAACUGUGCAUUCGCCAACUUCAAGGAUGAAGAAUCCUGCGUUUCAGCCCAGCAAAAAAUCCACGACUCCAAGUUUCAGUCGGUCAGGCUUGUCAGCCGCCUGCGCAAGAGCACCGUCGAGGGGGCAUCUGGACUAACAGCCCCGACCGGACCGGCUGCGUCAGCUCCACAAUCUAAUAUUUCUCAGGAGGUCAAGGGUGACGCGGUAUCUGUGGUGACGACUGAGGAUGCGACUGGGUCGUCAAAUGUUUCGUCUCCCAAGGUCGCCUCACCGGCGCCUGCGGAACCGGACCGAUCUGCGCCACAGAAGGAGAAGUACUUUAUUCUCAAGAGUUUGACUGUCGAAGACCUAGAGCAAAGCAUCAAGACAGGAAUCUGGGCCACCCAAGCGCACAACGAGAAAGCUUUAAACAAGGCCUAUGAGACCGCAGAGUCUGUAUACUUGAUAUUCUCGGCCAACAAGUCUGGAGAAUAUUUCGGCUACGCUCGCAUGACAUCUCAAAUCAACGAAGACCCGGCAGCGGCGGUCGAGUUCGCGCCCAAGGCACAGGCGGCCAGCGACGUGGCGUUACCAAAGGCCAUACCGACCGAGGCUAAUGAAUACAUGCCCAAGGGCAGCAUAAUGGAUGACUCGGAGCGGGGCACUAUAUUCUGGGAGGCCGACCCUCCCGAGGACGCUGAUGGGGUUGACGGCAACGAUACAACGAAUACAGCAGCAGCUGACGAUGCCACUAGCACCAAAAGUGGCGAGACGGGCAGUGCCGACUCGAAAGUAUGGGGCAAGCCUUUCCAGAUCGAAUGGUUGAGCGUGGCGCGACUGCCGUUCUAUCGUACCAGAGGUAUCAGGAACCCGUGGAACUCGAACAGGGAGGUCAAGAUUGCUAGGGAUGGUACGGAACUCGAGCCCAGCGUUGGAAGAAAGUUGACUGGGCUCUUCACAAUGCGGGGCGUAGGCCAGCUGCAACAGCAACCGCAUCAUCAGCACCAUUUUAUGGGCGGCGGUAUGCCGAUGCCGGGCGGCAUGGUUCCUGGGUAUCCGCCCAUGUAUGCGCAAUAG